AUGUUGUCCAAGAUCUUUGUCACUCUAUUGGCUGCUUCAUCUGCCAUCGUAUCUGUCUCAGCGGAUGCCAAGUACUAUGGCGAUGAUGACUACUACAAGGACGACUACUACCAGGAUGAUGGCUUCUACAAGGAUGACUACUACACGUCUCCAAAGGUCGUUGAAAAGGAGGUCAUCAUUGAAAAAUUCUUGCCUCACGAACGUAUUGAACACUAUGGUCCAUACGUUGAGGUCUUGGAAAAGGAAGCUGCCUUCAAGAGCAUGAAAUACCCUGAAGUCGUCUACCCAAAGGUUGCUCAAAAGGAAGAAUUCUCAGAUGGCCACCUUGAAGUCAAAUACCUUGAAAAAUACCCACCACAACCACAGGGAGCCAUCAUCUUCCCUUCAGAAUAUGCCAAAUACGAAACCCACUCUGAAGGCCCACAUGUUCCCCACUUCAAGCCACGAAAGAUCUAUGCUGAUGUCUUUGAAAAGCAAUUCGUCUGUCCCAAGUUUGAGAAGGUCGUCUACGUCACCAUUCCUGGCAAGUGUACUUGUGAGCCAAUCAACGUACACCCAAAGGUCAUCAAGGCUCCAAGAUUGAUCCACGAUGGCAAGCACUUUGACGGUCCCGAUGACUACUAUGGUCACGACGAUGAAGUCACCACCAUCAAGGAAUUCAAAGAAGUCAGGAUCAUCAAAGAGGAUGACAAGAAAUGGUGGUACGUUUCGUUUGCUGCUGAAAAUCUAGUACGCUUCCAGUCUCUAACUCUGGCACCUUUCCAAUAG